AUGUCCACCACCAUCACCGUCGAGGAGCUCCCCAACCUCCUCGCCAACGACAUCAAAGUCAAGGUCGCCGGCAUUGACUGCGAUGGCAUCCUGCGGGGCAAGGUCAUGGCUAAGGAAAAGUUCCUGGGCAUCGCGCAGAAGGGAUUCGGCUUCAGCUCUGCUGUCUUCGGCUGGGACAUGCAGGACAUGCUGUACACGACCGAUGCGCGCAUUGCCCCGGCCGACUCCGGGUACGUCGAUUUUCUCGCCGUGCCUGAUCUGAAUACCUUCCGUCGCAUUCCCUGGGAGGACAAUAUCCCGUUCUUCCUGGUGCACUUUGUGCAGAAUGGGGAGCCUGUAUCGGCCGACGGGCGGAAUAUGCUCCGGUCGAUAUGCGAUAAGCUCGCAGCCGCCAAUUGCAAGGGAAUGGCGGGUGUUGAGCUGGAGUUCAUGAAUUUCCAGACUCCCUCCGAAGACGGGUACGGCGCUGGCUCGCAGACCCCCGAUAUCUGCGCGUUCCUCGAUAAGAACGCCCCUGGCGCCCUCCGGCCAAUCACGGGGGGUAGUUUCUCCUACAGCGCUCUGCGCACUGUGCCCUACAAGAAGUUCUUCUACGACAUCUUCGACAGAUGCGCCGACUUUAACUGUGCCGUUGAAGGCUGGCACACGGAAGGCGGGCCAGGUGUCUACGAAGCGGCCCUGAAAGUCUGCGAAGUGAGCGAAAUGGCCGACCGCACCGCCCUCUUCAAACUCCUCGCCAAAUCCGUCGGCAUCGAACACAACAUCACCCCCUGCUUCAUGGCGAAGCCCAUGCACGGGCAACCCGGCAGCUCCGGCCACAUCCACGUCUCGCUCACCGACAGCGCCGGCGCGAACCUCUUCGCACGCUCCACACCCGACACAAACGCGCCCUGGCCCGACGCCGCAAGCCUCUCCGACCUGGGCCGCCAAUUCCUCGCCGGCCUGCUGCAGGCCCUGCCGGACAUCAUGCCGCUGUUCGCGCCAACGAUCAACUCGUACAAGCGGCUGGUCGAGAACUUCUGGGCGCCCGUCAAUAUCAGCUGGGGGCUGGAGGACCGCAUGGCGUCGAUCCGGAUUAUUACGCCGCCGGUGUGCAAGCCCGGCGCCACGCGGUUUGAGGUGCGCAUUCCCGGCGCCGACCUGCACCCGCACUAUGCGCUGAGUGUCAUUCUUGCGGCGGGGUGGCGCGGGGUGACGAAGAAGAUGGAGAUUGGGGUGCCGCCGGUGUCGGCGAUGAAGGGGUCCGGGCAGAAGCCGGAGAUGCUCCCGAAUACGCUGGAGAGCGCGCUGGCGCGGUUCAGCGCGAAGGGGAGUAUUGCCAGGGAGUUAUUGGGGGAUGAGUUUGUGGAGUUCUUUACGGCGACGAGGGAGCAUGAGCUUCGGUUGUGGAGAGAGGCUGUUACGGAUUGGUAA